AUAAUUCAAAUGAUAAUAAUAAGAAAGUCUUUAUGUAGUGAAAAUAGAGUUGAAAUAUAAUACUUGUUGCUCUUGUGUAAGAUUUGGGUGAAACAUUAAGUCCGACAAUCGAGGAUUACCCGGCAAAUGCAGACUGGACCGCCACCGAAAAACUACGAAGAAGCACAGCACCGCCGCCGGCAGGGUGAAAGGAAGCCGCUUAAGCCAGGAAGUGGAGCCAUCGGAGGCGAAAAUGCUGCGCCAUCAUCAACGUAAUAUUAUUACCAUAAUCGUGAUUUAUUCGAUCGCCAAAUGGCUUGUGAAAUUUGUGCAAUAGAGGGCGCUUCGAGAAGUGGGCGAACGCUGGUGGCAAGCUGGUGGGAGUGGUGGUUACAUCAUUCGCCCUCCGCUGCUCCGACAUUACAUGGAGCACUGGAAAUCCAAUCAUCGGCGGAGACCUUUGACUAAUGAUGAAUGUAACGCAACGUAAUUGCUGCAAAAUUAUGUAUAAGCUCUGAUAACAAUGGCUGCAGAAAUGUCACGGUCAUUUGUAGCUCACUAAUUGGAAUGGCCAAAAAUCUAAGCAAUAAUUAAAGCAACUCAAACAAAAUUGAACUAAUCGUUGCUCAGCUCAGAGCGGAUAAUAAUGAAUAAUGCAACUGACUUCUACUGGGAACUAUCGCAACUGAUUAGAUUAAGCAAUCUCUCCUAUUACAAUGUAUCGGCUGGAGGUGAUUCUUCGGUGACACUGGAUGUAGUCAACUGCUGUACAACUGAACCGAACUUCUCGAAGUACCUGGAGGCCCUACCCAACGAUAGGGUAGGGUUGUUAGCAUUUUUGUUCCUAUUUUCCUUCGCCACUGUUUUCGGCAACUCGCUGGUCAUUUUGGCGGUCAUCCGAGAGAGGUAUCUACACACAGCCACCAAUUAUUUCGUUACCAGUCUCGCGGUCGCCGACUGCCUCGUGGGUUUGGUUGUGAUGCCAUUCUCUGCGCUGUACGAGGUGCUACAGAACACAUGGUUCUUCGGGGAAGAUUGGUGCGAUAUAUGGCGAUCGCUGGAUGUUCUCUUCAGCACCGCGUCCAUACUGAACCUCUGCGUGAUAUCUCUGGAUCGGUAUUGGGCCAUCACGGAUCCGUUUUCCUACCCGAUGAAGAUGACCCGAAAGAAAUCAGCCGCACUCAUAGCAGCUGUAUGGAUUUGCUCAAGUGCUAUCAGCUUCCCGGCAAUUGUGUGGUGGCGAGCGGCCCGAGAAGGUGAUAUGCCACCGUACAAGUGUACAUUCACGGAACAUCUAGGUUAUCUGGUGUUUUCCUCCACCAUAUCAUUCUAUCUUCCACUGCUGGUAAUGGUGUUCACUUACUGUAGAAUCUACAGAGCGGCAGCUAUUCAGACGCGCUCACUGAAACUAGGCACCAAGCAGGUGUUGAUGGCUUCCGGCGAGUUGCAACUAACGCUGCGGAUACAUCGAGGUGGCACCACAAGGGAACGACCCAACCAUCAUCAACAUCAGCAGCACCACCAACAGCAACAGGACCAUCAACAGCACACAGCUAAUUCCACCCCGGAGGAACCCGAUGAUGAGCCCUUGUCCGCGCUGCAGAACAACGGUCUCGGUGGCCGCCAUCGGGCCCAUAUGGGGAAGAAUUUUUCCCUCUCCCGAAAGCUGGCGAAAUUCGCCAAAGAAAAGAAAGCCGCCAAAACGCUGGGGAUUGUGAUGGGUGUGUUCAUCGUGUGUUGGCUUCCAUUUUUCGUGGUGAAUCUGCUGUCCGGGUUCUGUAUACAGUGUAUAGCACACGAGGAAAUCGUCUCCGCCGUGGUCACGUGGCUCGGAUGGAUCAACUCCAGUAUGAACCCGGUGAUCUACGCGUGCUGGAGCAGGGAUUUUCGAAGGGCUUUCGUGCGAAUUUUGUGCGUCUGCUGUCCCCGGAAAAUCCGCCGAAAAUAUCAGCCCACGAUGCGUUCGAAGGCUUCACAGUGCCACAUGGCUGCAGCAGUAGCAGCUUCAUCAUCUAAUAGUAGUCUAUUUGAUAGUAGCCAUCAUCGCCGAAACAACCGUCAAUCAUUCGGACAACACAGUCAUCGGAGUCACCAUCAUCACCACUACCAUCACCAUCAUUACUGCAAUAGCCACUACUACCAUCAUCGGUCCACAAGGACUAUCAACCGGGCUGGGAGGAGAGGCCGGGGCCACAAUCACGACUGCUGUGGAGAGGGCGGAGAAAAUACUUUCGGAAUCGGUUGUAGUGGCAGCAGUAACCAAAACAAUAACAAUACUGGCAACAACACAAACAAUAACAACGCCAUCGGCAGCACUGGCGGAGGGGGAGGAGGCGGAAAUGGCAAACGUUGCACUUUCGCAACUACCACAAUGACCAUUCCCAGCGGCGGCGGGGGCGGCAGCACGAUCACUGGUGGUGGUGGAACCCGGUUCGGUAGUCGUAAACAAACGUCGUCGAGAACGCCCCCAACCUCCGCCCUCGUGAAUCCUGGAGCACGAGAGACAGUACGAUUUGAUGACAAUCCGCACGUUACGAUGCACAGCCAGAGCUCCAACAGCAGUACGUCAUCGUUAAGGAUUCUCGAGUGAGUGGCACGAGCAGAUGUUGACCGUAAAUUGUUAGUAGCUUUAGGAAAGGGCAAGCUAAAUGGGUAUUGUGGAGAGCACUUUCGAAGCCAAAUUGGCUCUGGCAAUAUAUGAAUUUUCCUUCCGAUUGCGAUUGCUGAUGAACGGCACAGUUGCGUUCACAAUCUCUUCCUUGGGUCAUUUGGUACGGAAGCAAUUCAUCAUAUCACUGCGGGGACGACCGUGUAGGAUGGUCUGGAUAGCUAUCGGACAGUUUCUGAUUGACUGUUGGCCUAAAUUGUGUGGAACAGUGCGUCUCAAACUGUGUCGAAUCUGUGAACCUCUUCCAUGUAAUAAAAUUGUGCAUGCUACGGAAACUAUUCUCCUGAAAAAUGCCAGGAUAAUUCCAGUGAAUGAUGUCGAUGGUGACGAUGGCUGACUUAGUGAUGAUGUUUGUUCGCAUCUACCACUAUCUCAUUACAUCUAAUUACCAUCAAUUGAGAGCCAGGAUAUUGCCAAUAUUGGUCGAUCGAUAUCGACUUUUGCAUUCCUGAAAUCCGUUCGACUCUGAUGCAAUCAACAUAAAUGACAUGUGGCAACCCUGCCAUGACGCGAACAAACGUCAAAAUUUUACAUCCGUACUUGUGAAACAAUUUACUCUCUAUCAAAUAGGGUGCUUGCAGCGUGCAUAUGUAUUAGAUCCAUAUCAAUGGAAGCAGAUUGAUUGUUCAAAAAGUUUCACAGAAACAAUUCAAAUUGCACAUUGCGAUUCUACAGCCGGAUUAGGUGAAGUGUGCUCCCAUAUAGGUUUUGUGCUUUUUGCCCUGAAAUUCGUGUGCAGAUAUCCUUAAUCGGUGGCCAGUUUCGCCAAAAAAGCAGAUGAUUAUGUUGAAAUUAAGAACAUAUUCAGCCAGAAAGAUCAACCAACCCUCAGCUAUGAUUUCCGGGUAGCUGAAUGCUCU